AUGGGGAAAACCGAAGACCUCAUCAAAGCCUUGCAAGAUCUGGAAAACGCCGCGUCAGGAGAUGCCACUGUGCGGCAGAAGAUCGCCUCCCUUCCCCAGGAAGUCCAAGAUGUGUCCCUGUUAGAGAAGAUCACAGACAAAGAGGCAGCCGAGCGGCUUUCGAAGACAGUGGACGAGGCGUGUUUGUUGCUGGCGGAGUACAACGGGCGGCUGGCGGCAGAGCUGGAAGACCGGCGCCAGCUGGCACGCAUGUUGAUUGAGUACACCCAGAACCAGAAGGACGUGCUGACGGAGAAGGAGAAGAAGCUGGAAGAGUACAAGCAGAAGCUGGCCCGGGUCACUCAAGUCCGCAAGGAGCUCAAGUCGCACAUCCAGAGCCUGCCGGAUCUCUCACUGCUGCCCAACGUCACUGGAGGGUUGGCACCGCUGCCAUCUGCCGGGGACCUGUUCUCAACUGACUAGGACCCGUGACGGGGUCUGCGUUUCCUCCCCUUCCCGCCCCUUUUUCCAGUCUGCGGAACAGUUUUCAUGACGACUGGAGAUUCUUCCAGUUCUCCGACAUAGGAAGGAAUCGACGGAGGCCCUCCUCUGCCCCUCUCUGCGGCGCACGCUGCCCUUCACGUUGACGGGGCGGCUGCGGCUCCCACUUCUCCGAAAGCAGGCCAGCUUCCUUGCGUUUGGGAAGAGUUCCCGUUUGCUUUGGGUUUCCCCUCCGCACCUCCCGUUUCUCCGGCAGACUAUGCAAAUCAUGCGUGUGUUGUGCUUCUGCAGCCUCUCGGCAAAUCGACACCGGUGCCUGCUCCGACUUUUCUCCCUGGUGUAAAAAAGAACGGGGUGGUUUGCUGAGUUGCGAGUCCACCUGGAUUUCUGGGCGGAGCUGCUGGAAGUCGGAGGCCCGGUAGCGUGCCAUCACUGCGGGGGAAAGGUUGAUGCUGCCGCUUCCCAGGUGGAUGGGCUCUGUCUUACGGCAGGGUGCGGGGCCACAAGGGGCCAAACCACGCCCUGCUGAUCUUGAGACGAGUUCAUGCUCCCCGUGCACACAGGCCAGCGUUGCUCCACAGGCGUAAUCUCCCCGCAUCUGUGUCUUCUCCCACCACGUCAACCGGUUGCAGUUGUAGUCCUGGCUCUGAAACAGCCCAGCUUUAUCAGUAGCCAUUAGCGGAAGGGCUGUUUCGUGUGGCCACAGUCCUCGAGGAGUUGCUGGUGCAGCCCCGCUGCAAUGUGCAAGAGGGGACGGAGGAGACGUCCACGCACGUUCUUGAUCAGUGUCCGUUCGUCUUGGUUCCUCUUCCCCCUUCGCAGUCUGCAGGGAUGCUUGAGCCUCUGUAGCUCGGUUGCAUCCGCGGAAGCCGGGAUCUAGGGCUCUCCCCUUCUGGAAAAGGGGGAAAUCUGUCCCUGGGUGGCCUCUCACCCAGCAUUUUUUUUUUGGUCUUGUAGCUUGAGAGGAGGGGGUUGGCCUCGCCCAGGCAUGGCUGGGAUCCGGGGUCCUUUUCCUUCAUUGGGCCCCCCAGACCCCGGAAGCCUGGCUCCCAUUUUGCCAAAUGCAGACGUGGCCGUGCGUUUCUCCUAAGGCUGGGCACACUCUGGUUUUCAGUUUUAAAUUGAUGGUCCCCCCCCCCCC